CCGGGGCGGCUGGGCGGGAAGUCCGGGCGUCCAUGCCAGGCCCCGAGCGGCCGGGCCGCCCCGGCAGUGACCGUGGUGGCUGACGCGGCGCGCCCCGCCCGCGCGCCCCUCCUCCGGGCGUAACAUGCCCUCCGGGCGCUAGAGCGCGGCGGCCACCAUGGGCAAUGGCAUGAACAAGAUCCUGACUGGCCUGUACAUCGGCAACUUCAAAGGCUGGAGCAGUGGAAGGAAUAUUAUUUUGGUUUCUGUUUAGACUCCAAUGUAAAUAAUGUAAUGACCAACUGCUGAUGGAUGGACAACUCUGUUUGGAAUUUCCAGAAAAUCUUCCAUGUUUCCUUUUGCUCCAAAGUGAAGACGCCAGAGAUGCAGAACAGCUGAGCAAGAACAAGGUGACCCAUAUCCUGUCUGUCCACGACAGUGCCAGGCCCCUGCUGGAGGGAGUGAAAUACCUGUGCAUUCCAGCAGCGGACUCACCAUCUCAGAACCUGACCAGACACUUCAAAGAAAGCAUCAAGUUCAUUCACGAAUGCCGACUGCAGGGGGAGGGCUGCCUCGUGCACUGCCUGGCGGGGGUCUCCCGGAGCGUGACGCUGGUGAUCGCCUACAUCAUGACCGUCACCGACUUCGGCUGGGAAGACGCCCUGCACACAGUGCGCGCCGGGAGGUCCUGCGCCAACCCCAACCUGGGCUUCCAGAGGCAGCUCCAGGAGUUCGAGAAGCACGAGGUCCAGCAGUAUCGCCAGUGGCUGAAGGAAGAAUAUGGAGAGAGCCCCUUGCGGGAUGCUGAAGAAGCCAAAAGCAUUCUGGGUAAAUAUAAAGAGCAAGGGCGUGUGGAGGCGCAGCCUGGCGCCAGGCGGUGGAGCAGCUUCCCGGGCCUGCCCGCUCUGGCCUACAGUAACUACACGACGGAGACCUAACGCGGCGGGAUCUGGCGCCUCUCUGCGUGCUUGUCUUCGGCGCGUUCCGUGCGGUCGCGUGUUGGCUGCGCUGCUGCGACAGCGGGAAAGGUGGAGGGCUCUGGACUGCUGUCCCUGCCACCCUGUCCGGCCAGGCUCCAACCCCUCCCUUUCCCCCCACCCCUCCCCUCUGCUGAGCUCGCUGCACCCUGGGAUGCUGCUCUGUGAUAUGCACUGCUUUGCGCAUGCGCGGGUAAGUGUGCAGGUGCACGUGUGUCCCCGUGUGCAGGUGUGAGCCUGUGUGGGUGUGCAUGUUCACAGGCGAGGGCGUGGGCAUGUGUGUGUCAGGGUGUGCGUGCAUGUGCACAGAUGUGUGAGGACGUAUUGACAGGCGAGUGGGUGUGCGUGUGUCAGUGUGCGCAUGUGAGCAUGUGUGAGUGAGCAUGGAUGAAUGCUUGGGCAUACGCAUGUCGGCGUGUGCACUCAGGUGUGUGCACAGUGUAGGCGUGGCCUUGUGUGCAUUUUCUUGAGCUUGUGAGUGUGAGUUAGAGUAUGCUCAUCUGUGUGCGCAGGUGAAUGAGAUGUGGGCUCUGAGCGUGCCCUGCAAGCUUGUGUGUGAGUGUGCACAGGGCUGUACCUUGUGAGCAUGUGGCUGCGUGUGUGAAUUCCUAACGUCCGUGUUCCUGGAAGUCGCCCAGUCCACACUGCAAGGAUUGAUGUGGCCACUUUUCCCUUGGGUUCCUCCUGGAAGGCAUUUGAGCUUGACCCCUGCCAAGCUGUUCAGUGCCUGUGAGAACUCAGGGGAAUGAGUGGCUGGGAGCAGCAGCCCCUCCCAGGCCCCAGGGAGGUGUGAGUGGGGAGCAGGGGACAGACUUCUCCUGAGAGAGGGUAGUUCUGGCCCCUGGGAAGCCAUGGGGUGCUCUGAGCGGUGUCUCGGUCUCACUGGAAGAGCACCAGGCCGUCGGCGCCCGCUGCCUCGGCUCCAGGCCCCUUCGCCUGUCACUCCCCUGAUGUCUCCAGUCGCUGGCGAGCAGCAGCCCCCCGCUCCCCCCUCGCUUCACACGCUCCUAGCUUCUUGCUGUCCUCACUCUGCGGUGGCCCCUGCUCAAGGUUUGCAUGCACCUGCAGGAGCUGGCAAGAAACAGCAUUUAUUAAGCACUGUCACAGUUUGCAUUUGAAAAUGAGCAUUUAUUAAGCUCCUUGGUGUAUGCUGUGGUUUGCAUAUUGGAUCUCAGCUACCUCAUUAAAUGUUUAUGAAAAGU